AUGGCUACAGAAUCUACACUUUCGCGAGGGAAACGGAUUCUACAGCUCUCACUAGUGUCGAGUUCAUCAUCUACAUCAUCUCCUACACAUGCUGUAGAUACUGUUGAACGGGUCGAUGCUACAGUUGAUGUUACUGUUGGUGCUAAUUCCAUCAGGACCAAUGCUAAUAGUCCAACAGUGGAUGAAAUGUUUUGUGGACCAAAAAACACAUCUAGUUGCAACGCCAACAAUGAUAGUGAUGAAACUUCUUCUGACUCUUUUCAAGAAUCAAUUGAUUCAGAUGAUUCGCUAAGGGACCCACACUUUACACCUACAAAACAUGAUCUCAGGAAGGCUGAUCUCAGCACGGACGAUGACGAUCAAAUAUUACAACAUUUUAGAAAAAUAAAGCGUACCAACACAAAUGCCCAUCUCACACCGUUUGCAAAUGUCAUUGCCAACCAGAAUGUAGUUGAUGUCAAUAAUAUUUCACAAAAAACAAAUUCACCACUUGAUAUACCUGAUACCAUAGCACAAGAGAACACAGUAACUGAAAACAACCAAAACAAAGAUUUAUUACGAGAGAACACGGUUCACAGUAUCCAAAUACCAAUUUUAGAUCCGGUUGACACUUUAGCUUCAGUUGAUAGUGGCGACGAUACAGUUGUUGAAAAUCAUAUUUUAGAUCACGAAGAGGUCGUUGUAACAAAGACGAGAGCAAAGCAAGGUAGAGCCAAUACUGAGAACUGGGAUAGAAAUAUAAAUAAACGUUUGCGCAUGGAAGGUAAAGUAUACAAGUCACCGAAUUCAAACAUUAGACACCCAAGAAAGAUUCAACCAAGAAAAUGCACAAAAGCCUGUGAAGCUGACAAACGCAAACAAUGUAAUAAUAUAAGCGAGGAUGACCGACAGCAAAUGUUUUUGUCAUUUUGGAAUAUGACUUGGUCCGAAAAGAAGGUUCUGAUUAGCAACUUAGUUGAACGGCAGGAUGUUCAGGACAGAACCACUAUAUCACCAGCUUCAUCAAGGAGAAACUACACAUAUAAUUACUACCUGAGAAAAGAUGGGGCACGAAUUUAUGUCUGCAAAAAUUUGUUUCUUACAACCCUUAAUAUCGGUGAAAAAACUCUUUACAAUUGGGUUAACACAACCACUAAAACUGCCAAAGUGCCAUGUACAAAAAGGUCCAGGAAGGGAGAAAACAACAAUCCAAUAAUGAACAGAACGUCUUUUAAAAAUAUCUUUGACGAGAUGAAUCUUUCGUUAUUCAAACCUCGUAAAGAUCAAUGUGAUCUUUGUUGUUCUUAUGAGGUUGGGAACGUAGACGAAGAACAGUAUAAUCAACACAUUCAACGUAAGAAUGCUGCUCGUUCUGAAAAGGCAACUGAUAAAGAAGCAGCUAUAUCAGAUGAUUCUCUUGCUGUUAUAACAGUGGAUGUUCAAGCUGUUCUCCUGUGUCCCUCAUUGCAAGCAAGGUGCCCUUUACUACAAGACGAAGCUUGCUGUACACAAUUUUACGGUAUAUGA